AUGACCCAACAAAAAGAUAAUAAACAAGUUAAUUUUCCAUGGCAAAGAUUAGUAGCAGGUGCAAUUGCAGGUACAGCAGAUGUUUGGGCAUGUCAUCCACUCGAUAGAAUUAAAACACAACUUCAAAAUAAUCCAGGUAAAACUAUUCCAGCUACAUUUAAAGAUAUUGUUAGUAAAGGUAAAGGUUUCACUGGUGGUGUUUAUUCUCUUUAUGAAGGUAUUUUACCAAUGACAGCCGAAGCUGUCUUUAAAGUUGGUAUUCGUUAUUUUGCAUUCAGCUGGUUCACAGAACAAUAUAAAAAUACCGUUUACAAUGGUCGUACAUUAACUAAAGGUGAAGGUUUUGUUUCAAAUCUUGUUGGUGGUGCUUUUGCUGGUACCAUUGAAUCAUUUGUUGUUGUUAUUCCAUGUGAACUCUUAAAAGUACGUCAUAUGACUCAAGAACAUAAUAAAUCUUUUGGAACCGUUUUCAAAGAUGUUUUACGUGAAGAAGGUUUCCGUGGUCUCUAUAAAGGUGGUUCUGCUACUCUUUUACGUCAAAUUACCAAUCACAUGAUUCGUUUCCCAACUUUUUAUGCAAUUACAGAUUAUCUUAAAAAGGGUGAUCACAGUGUUCAUUUACCAGUUUGGCAAAAUCUUACUGCUGGUGGUCUUGCCGGUACAGCUUCAACUCUUUUCAAUAAUCCAUUAGAUACAAUUAAAACACGUAUGCAAAAACAAGGUCAAAAUCAAACUUCAAUGCAAGUUGUAAGAGAAAUUUAUAAAGAAAAUGGUCUUAAAGGUUUCUGGGCUGGUUGUGUACCACGUAUUCUUCGUGUUGCUCCAGGUCAAGCUAUUACUUGGGCUGUUGUUGAAUUAGUUAUGGGUUUUUUACAACCAAAUAAAUCUCAUUAAAAUAUUUAAAACUUUUUAAAUAAAUAUAAAUAAUACAAAAU